CUCGACGAGCUCCCUGCUCAUCUGAUCAUGGAGAUACUGAGCUCCGGGAGACUCGGCGCCGCCGACCUGGCGCGCUUGGAGGUGACGUGCCGGAUCUUCGGGGGCGGCCAUGGGGUCUCCUUCUUCUCCGCCUUCCCCAGCAGGUUCCGCACCAUGGCGGAGCUCGCCGCUUCCCACCUCUGCGAGCGGCACGCGGUGUUCGCGCCGCUGCCGCCGAACCCCCGGAGGGAUCUCCUCGAGCGGUGCGGCUGGAAUUGGAAGAAGGUUCUCAGAUUCCUGCAAUCUGUCGAGCAGUCGUCCGGCACCGUCGAGACAUCAGCAGGCAAUAUGCAAGUCGCCACAGGAAGAUAUCAUACACUCUUGAUUCAUGACUCUUCAGUCUAUUCAUGCGGAUCCAGCUUAUGUGGAGUGCUAGGUCAUGGUCAAGAUACAACACAGUGCGUGGCAUUUAGCCGUGUUAACUUUCCAUCCCUUUCUCGCGUGAUCCACAUUUCUGCUUCUCACAAUCACGCAGCAUUUAUUAUGCAGUCUGGAGAGCUGUUCACUUGCGGUGAUUAUUCUUCAUUCUGCUGUGGUCAUGGGGAAGUUGGGCGCACCAUAUUCAGGCCCACUCGUGUUGAAGCACUGAAGGGCAUUGCCUGCAAGCAGGUUGCUACUGGCUUAAGUUUUACUGUAAUCCUCACUACGGAAGGUCAAGUAUACACAUGCGGAAGUAACACUCAUGGCCAACUUGGCCAUGGGGACACAGUGGAUCGGCCUACUCCUAGGCUUGUUGAACUAUUCAAAGACCUGGGCCAUGUGGCACAGGUGGCAGCUGGUGCAAGCUAUACCUUUGCUGUAACAGACGAUGGGACCGUUUAUUCUUUCGGCUCUUGCACCAACUUUUGCCUUGGACACGGAGAUCAGCACGAUGAGCUCCUUCCGCGUGCUAUUCAAUCAUUUAAGAGGAGGAACAUUCAUGUGGUUCGUGUGUCGGCUGGUGAUGAGCAUGCUGUAGCUCUUGAUUCCAGUGGAUAUACUUAUACAUGGGGUAGAGGCUAUUGUGGAGCCCUUGGUCAUGGCGACGAGAAUGACAAAACUAGCCCAGAAAUGAUAGCCAGCCUAAAAGGCCAAGUUGGUGUUCAGGUAUGUGCAAGGAAGAGAAAAACCUUUGUUCUCACCGAUGAGGGCUUGGUGUAUGCUUUUGGGUGGAUGGGCUUUGGAAGUCUAGGGUUCUCUGAUCGUGGAAGUUCGGACAAAGUCAUGAAACCGCGGGCGCUCGACAGCCUACGCUCUCACCAUGUGUCCCAGAUCAGCACCGGACUGUACCACACCGUUGCUGUAACCAAUAGGGGCCUUGUUUUCGGCUUCGGGGACAACGAGAGAGCCCAGCUAGGGCACGAGCAGAUAAGAGGGUGCUUAAAACCGACGGAAAUUAUGGUUCAGGGGAAGGUAGAUGAUAUGGCCAUUGCAGCACCAAGUGGGUGAUUGUUUAGGACACCUUCUAUUUAGAAUAAUUUCGGUAAGAGGCUUUUACAUAUAUACCCCUACAAGAUCAACUAUUUGCAAAUUACCCCUUUAAAAGUUUGGAUUUCAUGUAUACCCCUCAAAAUGUGGAUUCUUACCAAAAAAUAACCUUAAGCUGGGGAGUCAUCGAAUUCAUAGGAGAAGUUGGUUUUAUAUUAGAACAAAUAUUUCAAAGAGGGGCAUUUCUUUAAGCACAAGGGCAUGACUGUAAGAAAUUAGAUUUUGAGAGAAAUCUAGGCACAUUCAGAUUUUACAGGGGUACAUGAGUAAAUAGACGAUUUUAAAAGGGGUUAUAUAUGUAGAUUUCUCUUUGGUAAGAAGUGUGAAUUUGCUUAGGUUUCUUAAGUUAAAUGUGAUUAAUCAAGUUGCAGGGCUUCUAUUGAAAUUUAGGUGCAUUGUAAUUUUUGUGGAUUGAUAAGUUUAUUUAUAUAUCGUGAUGUGUUGAAAAAUUUGAAUAAGACUCAGAGUAAUUAUUAUUUUGUAUAAAUUAA